AUGAUGCUUUUCGUAAAUACUAUUUUGAUAUCUACUGAACAAGCUAUUGCUCCCAGUCCCAUUUAUGGUCGUAGACAACAACUUAGCCCGACCGGAAGUAAAAAGGAUUCGGAAGCGUCAGUCAUACGGCUUGGUGCUCCUAUGUCAAAAAACGCUGUUUCACCGACUCACACCUUAGAACCACCUCAGUCUACCCAACAAAGUAAUGGGAAGCAAUUAAAGUCAGAUUUAUCUCUAAAGAAAGGGGAAUUAAAUAUGAACCCGGGAUAUGGACUUCAAAGUCAUCAGGGUGCCAAGGAUGGCGAAAUGUUACAGCAGCAAAAUGGGGUGAUGAGUGACCGACAGACAAAAGAUGUCCAUCAAGUUCACCAAUUAUCAGAGCAGGAAAACCAACAGCCUCAAACAGCACUGCAGGAAACUCAGCCAACUCGGCUGACAACACAAAAUGUAGAGUCUGCACCUCAACAGGCUCAACUGGUUACUAAACCUUUGCACGAAGACCAACAGGAAGAUAAUAAAAAGAACGAAAACAACAAUAACAAUGAUUGUGGAGGCGGAUGUGGAUGUUGCUGUGGAGCAGGGAAUUGUGGAACAAAUAACAACAAUGACGGCAAAAACAAUGGCCAAGGAAAUAACAACUGCUGCGGUUGUUGCUGUUGUUGCCAACCAUGCUGCUGCUCGCCGUGUGGAUGCUGUUGCCAGCCAUGUUGCUGUCACCAUCAUGACUGCUGUGUGCAUCACGUGCAUCACGUCGAACAUCAUCAAUGUCCUUGUUCAUGCGCACCUCCAUGCUGUUGCGAAUGCGCAUGCGCGCCGCUGCCUUGUGGGCCCUGCGAAUGCAUUCCACCGUGUUGCAGUGGUGGAUAUGGAUACUUGGAUCCUCUCUGUGGUGGGUGUGGUGGAUGUUGUGGCUGUCCUGCACCGUAUGGGUGUGGUGGAUGGAGUUGUCCUUGCGGUUGUGGUGGUUACCACUGCAACAUUUUUGUAUCUGAAAAAGAAGGUGAGCACUCUGAUUUCAUCUCUGAUAAAAACAACACGUUUUCGAUAUUUCUGUUUCUGAUCCUAGCAGUAUAAGGUCGCCUAUCGCAUAAACCCUACUCUUCACUAGUGUCUCCUCAACUUGGUGAAUAGAGCUCCCCCUGUGCGAGGUCAGGGCCCAGUUUUGUCGCUCAUGCCAUGCUGGAAAAUUACUAGCUUGAAACCAGCGAACAAUACCUCCAUUAGACGAGUUACGUUUGUUUUGUUUAAAACUCUACGGAAUUGCCAUUUUACAAAUUGCUUUCCUAGAAUCGGGUAAAGAAAAGGGUAAAGGAAAAACAGAAGACAAGAAUGGACAACGUCGAAAGCGUAUUCUUCCCUCAGGCUACCUCUUUCCAGCCUACCGACCAUAUCAGUUCUUGAAAAGGUAA